CAAAGCCCAAAUGUAGAAAAAUGAAACCCAAAACCCAUUAAAUUUUCAUAUAAAUUAUCUUUCAUCACAACGCAGCCACUGUGAUUAGGGUUUGCGACGUAACCUUCUUCUACAAUGGGUAAGGGAACAGGUAGUUUCGGUAAGAGAAGGAACAAGACUCACACACUCUGUGUUAGGUGUGGCCGUCGCAGUUUCCAUCUCCAGAAGAGUCGCUGCUCAGCAUGUGCUUAUCCAGCUGCCCGAGUCAGGAAAUAUAACUGGAGUGAGAAGGCUAUUAGGAGAAAGACUACCGGGACUGGUAGGAUGAGGUACUUGCGUAAUGUUCCUCGCAGAUUCAAGAGUGGAUUCAGAGAAGGUACUGAAGCUGCACCCAGGAAGAAGGGAGCAGCUGCAUCUGCCUAAGCCUUUGAAAUAUUGUUUUUUGAUGGCCUAAUUUUAGUGUUUAAGUUUUUGUGUUGGAACAAGGAUCUUUGGAACAUUAUUCUCUGUAGUUUUAAUUUUUCCGUCUUUUAAUGAAUUGGAUUAUUAUGUUACAACACCAGUAUUGUAUGACAAUUUUGUUGUUCAUUGAGUAUUUUUGAGUUGGA